AUGGCACGAAAUUAUCAUCGAAUAGAAAGGGCAACUGGUAAACGACAAUCAAACACCAUGUUGGUUUCUCUUAGUGGGCAACAACAAGAUGAACGUCGUAUGACUACCUUCAUCAAUGGUCAACGUCGAUUAUCCAUCAUGUCACAAAUAUCUUUGCCACAUGGUGCUGAAUAUCAUCCACAACGGCGAUUACCACCUAAUGGUAUUGAAUCACGGCAACAGAUCUUGCUGAGAAAUAUUCCAACAAUGAUCGAACAUAAUCCUAAACAAGUUCAUGGUAAAUCAAUAAAAAAACCAAAAACGAUCCGAAAAUCGGUUCUUACAUUAUCUAUGCUUUACGGCCGAUAA